UGGAUGUACACCUGAUAAAUACUUUUCAGUUUCAACUUCCCCGCUAAGUGCUGGGGAAAAACCCUUCAUGUGGGAACUUUUCAACGUUUAUUCAUAAUGGCAUUCUCUUUUUCCUCGUAAUAGCUUGAUAAACAUGCAGCUAUAUCUCGGUACCUUGGUUACAAAUCAUCGCAAAUACUAUGCAUUUUCCACAAAUUAUUAGAGGCUUUCUUCGGAGUAUUUUAGCCCAUGUAAUUGGCGAAGGAGUUGAAUAUACUUCAACACGAAUUUAUCGUUCACCAGUCUUUUCUGAGGUCAGUAUAAAUGGAACUAACUUUAAUUUUAUGUUCUCAAUUAGCAUACAUCUCUUGGCGAAACUGAAGAUGAACGAUAGAUUCAAUAACAAAACGUAGAGAAUGAAUUUUGCUGUGAGAUCAAAUACAUUUGACUGUGUGCUUGAAAGUUUAAAAAACAUCUCUCUGAAAGUUAGCACCAUGAACGAUUGUGUAUGAUUCAAGUCUUAUCCUGGUAUUAUUUCUAGCAAUUUUAGAUCGAAAAUGAAGAUAAACUCGUGACCUGUAGUAGUUUGCUUGGCAUUUGGACUAGUUCAACUACUGUGAUGUUCUCUUGUACUUUACCUGCAUGGUCUGACGAUAGAAAAAAUGCAAGGAAAAGAAAAGAAAGAGAGCGAAAGAAAUCCCUUUCAAAGGGAAAAGAUCGGUAUACGAUAGUUAAGGGUUUGGCAGGAGGGCCGGACGGCAUAUCCUUUGAAAGUGCUACAAAGAAAAAACAUUUUCUACGAGUAAGGGACAAUAUACUGAUUGUGGAGGCUUACGAUGAUUCUGAGGAUUACCGUAAACAAAGUACGUUCAUUCCACUGCAGGACAUGUGGUUUGGUGGAUAUGUGGUAUUUGAAUCGUUAGUUGAACCAGCUCAUUUCAUCCGUCGAUGUGCUGAACAGCUAAUGCUCCAGAAGUAUGAAAAUUCGCCGUUUUUUAAAGAAGAUGCGAGUUUUAAAUUGGCUCGAAAGCGAUGUAUAGUUUGUAUAAAGAUUGGGUCACGUGUUUGGGCUCGGGUGGAGAAGGGCUGUUUCCUACGAGGUACAGUUAUAGCAGUAGACGACAUGGUUCACAUACAACUCGAAAACGGAAACAAAAUUUCCCAUAAAAAGCUUCCGCCCAAUACAACGUCAGAGUGUGCGUAUGUCCCAGAUAUAAUCCCACAUCCAUUGGAAAUCGAUGUUGGUACAAGAGUACUUGCGCGAUGGUUUAAUAGAUUAGAUAGUUACUACCCAGCCACUAUUACCGCCGUAAGGAGAACGUACUUCAACGUGAAAUAUGAUGAUGGCGAUAAAGGGAGUAACAACAUCAAUGAGAUCCGCUUACUGAAACAACCAGAAGUCGAGGGAGGCGCCAGCAUACCAUCGUGGUCAUCUCUAGAUGGUCUUCCAAGGGUUGGUGGGCUUUGUAUCGAUUCAUCCGGCGAAUACAGCGCGUCAGAAGAAAUAUCCGAUGGCCAUGACGCGACAAAUGAACGAUGGACGUCAAUAAAAGACCAUCGACCCGAAAGCCCAAUUGACACUGGGCACGAGACGGACACAAAGGAAGCCCACUUUGGAUACGAAAACAACCUCCAGUACCUUACUCCCAACAUACAACCCCUACAUGCGCCGGUGGUACGCAAUGUCAGUCAGGUUAGCGGUGGUUCAACUGACAGCGGUUAUCACGACAGUGCAUGCGCAGGAAGUACUCGCCAGAGGAGGACAGGACUGUGGGCAGAAUUACACUACAAAGAGACCUUUGAUUCUCGUUUUCUCUCACCAUUCUCGUACUAUCAUCCCAAUCUACACCAGUCAGACAGUGAGCUGAGUAUCACAUCUAGUGUAGAUUCUGGAUACCCGGGGGGGUUCAGCCUUAGCAACAGUAGGUCGACUUUGCCCCCGGGAAGAACCCCAGCAGGGAAACAUUCUGACAAAGAAAUGUGGGACAAUGAAGACACCGAUGCUUUGUCCGACAUCGAAACAAGUAACUCUACAAAUUACUCCACAACACAUGACCUUGAAUUCCCUGACAGCUUCGUGUCCACUAACUCCGCCGGGCUCUCCGCGUUUAAUGCCGAAGAUAACGCAAUUAGUCACGCAAGUUACUCAGAAYGUAACGGAGGGUCUAACACCUCAAGCGUCACAACAUCUUACAGUACCGGAAGCGAUCCCCAUGGUUCCUACGUCACCCAAAAUGGCACGCGCUCUGAUGUCAAAGAGUGUCCCGCCCCAUAUCCCACCGACUUCGCCAAAACUGUUAAGGAGACUAAGCGGACCCCUYUCACCAAACAUAGGAGCUGCCCAAUCCAUCAUCACACCUCAGGUGGAGAAAGAUCUCGCGUUAAUAAAGCUGCCAAGAAUGGAGGCGAUGGAAUACUGACCAAAGAGAGUCCCAGUUUAGUCGGACUAGAGACUGUCAUUUAAAUUUCUGGCGUGCUUGAGAAAGAAAACCUGCAYGCAAAGGUAAAUGACAGUUCGCGAUGUCACAUGAUAAGCCACGUGACCAUGGAUAAGUCACAUGAGAACUGUAUCCCAUGAUCAACGCAUGCUUGUAGCAAGCAUCACAGCGGAUACUCAACCCAACUACUACCAUAUUUGGACAACAAAUGACCCAGAAUGACAAGUGCUGAUACCAUAUAUAGUAUUACCAUGAGUAAAAGUUGACCYAUCAAGACAAAGAGAAACAACGGCACAACGCGAUGAACAUUGCAACUUUACAUUUCUUGUCAAGUGUCCUAUCUAGUGGUCUGUGACGUAAAGAGCAAGUAAAAGUAAAACUGUGUGAACAAAAUUAAUCAUUGAAUGAACUCUGUGAGUUCAUAAUAUCAACGUUUUUUAUUUCUACAAAAAUGGCUUAGUAAGACUGUUUGAACUUAUGUAUUACUUACCAGCAAUACUGAGAGUGUAAAUAUAUAAACGCCAUUUGCUUUAUGAAGCAUCAUUGAUGUCUAAAUAGUCCUUUGUUUUCACUAAUUUAUUGCCGCACGAUCCUGACUGAGGUGUUUUGUGAACCACUACCAACGCACCCCAUUUUGGGGGACAAACGGAUUAUGCAGGACRUGAAGAGAUGAAAUGCGUGCGCAGAUCUGGAAAGCUGUGAAAGUUYGAUAUCUAACACUUACCGUUAAGAAGAMAUCCAAUGGUAAAGGCUCAUGGUUUUACAUGUAAAUAGAUUCUAACGGUGAGAUUUGAGCGAAUAAGAUGAUACUUCUCUCAAAAGUAGUUGAAACUGCUUUUACGCCACCAUCAAAAGGUCAACAAUUAGACAAAAAAGAAGAGAAAUUUACACAUUAAAGAAACAAACAAACAAACAAACAACAAUUUCGUGCGACAAUAUCUUAGUGGAAACUUGCUUAAAAAGGCGAGGAGGCGUCCUCAAUUCUACGGGGUUUAAUCCAGGACCAGCCCGGUGCGUAAAUGUAUGUACGUAUGCUAGUAGGAUUACAUAAGAUCAACWAUAUUUCAGUCGAUGUCGGCAUAUUUUGCAGGAAAAAUAAUGUACAAUUAUAAUAAUAAUUUGAAAAUAUCUCGAAUACAAUAGAGUACAAAACUGCGAAGAAAGCAUUCAAAUAUGAACCUACUGCACAUGAAAGAUCAUAUAAUUUAGUCAACGGAAUACUAAGUUUUCCACUUUAUCAACAASUAGGUUUACAGCAGGAAAAAUACGACCAGCAAAAAAGAAAUUCGCUAAGUGAAAAGGUGUUUUUUUUGCAUAGAAUAUUCUUGAGGAGGUUGAUAAUUUGAGAAGAACAUACCGCCAGUAAAUUAUCCGUAGCUUCAAGGGAAAAAUGGAAUAAACAUCGAUUGUUGAGGAAGAAUGAUUUAUACGCACUUACAAAACUUGAGCAUUUCUUGACAGUAUAUCAGUGUGGAAGGUGUACAGGGAAAGACAAAGAAAAGGUUAAUAAUUAAUCUUAUUUUGUCGUAUAAAAGUAAUCCAUUUUGUACAAUCAAAAUGUAAGUGAUAUAAAAGUGGAGUUCUAGUUUAGGACUUUAAGAUUGAUCAAAUCUGGAUAAGGAAACCAUGCAUCACAGUUGCCUUUCUCUGUUAGACGCGCAUAGUCACGUAGUUUAGAAAAUCACAUGUUUCUUAGUUUUACGCCGCAUUAAACGCCCCAAUAGUUCACCGUGCAUUUUUGAAGCGAGGUGUGAACGGGGUCUAAUUCAAUAGUUCGGCAGUAAACCUGUUCAACGUGGGCUUAGCUGGUCUAUAGCCUUUCCAGCUACUUUUAUGACUAAAUUGUUUAUUUUGACAAGAAAUGUAUUGCACUCGAAUAUUAUUUCAAUAAAGACAUCUGAAUGAUC